AUGGAUCCCGGGCAGCCUCAGCCGCAGCAGCCGCCGCCGCCGGCGGCGCAGCCCGCGGCGCCGCAGCCGCCGCCGCAGCAGCAGCCGCCGCCGGGCGCCGUGUCGGGGGCCGCGGCGGGCGCGGCGCAGCCGCCGGGCGCGGGGCCCCCCCCGGCCGGCCACCAGAUCGUGCAUGUGCGCGGCGACUCCGAGACCGACCUGGAGGCGCUCUUCAACGCCGUCAUGAACCCCAAGGGCGCCAACGUGCCGCACACGCUGCCCAUGCGGCUCCGCAAGCUGCCCGACUCCUUCUUCAAGCCGCCCGAGCCCAAGGCCCACUCGCGCCAGGCCAGCACUGAUGCGGGGACUGCAGGAGCGCUGACUCCUCAGCAUGUCCGAGCUCACUCCUCCCCAGCCUCCCUGCAGCUGGGCGCUGUUUCUCCGGGGACGCUCUCCCCCUCUGGAGUAGUGACGGGUCCGGGAGCUCCAUCUUCCCAGCACCUUCGCCAGUCCUCCUUCGAGAUCCCCGACGACGUCCCCUUGCCACCAGGCUGGGAGAUGGCCAAGACACCCUCUGGCCAGAGAUACUUUCUUAAUCACAUCGAUCAGACCACAACCUGGCAAGACCCUCGGAAGGCCAUGCUGUCCCAGAUGAAUGUCACGGCGCCYACCAGCCCGCCAGUGCAGCAGAACAUCAUGAACUCGGCAUCAGGCCCACUCCCCGAUGGAUGGGAACAAGCUAUGACCCAGGAUGGAGAAAUUUACUACAUAAACCAUAAGAACAAGACCACAUCUUGGCUAGACCCAAGGCUUGACCCACGCUUUGCCAUGAACCAGCGGAUCAGCCAAAGCGCCCCAGUGAAGCAGCCGCCCCCGCUGGCCCCACAGAGCCCCCAGGGGGGUGUGAUGAGUGGGAGCAGCUCCAACCAGCAGCAGCAGAUGAGACUUCAGCAGCUGCAGAUGGAGAAGGAAAGACUGAGACUGAAGCAUCAAGAACUGCUUCGGCAGGUGAGGCCGCAGGCAUUGCGGAAUAUCAAUCCCAGCACAGCAAAUUCUCCAAAACAUCAGGAAUUGGCUCUCCGUAGCCAGCUUCCAACAAUGGAACAAGACGGUGGUUCUCAAAAUCCCGUGUCAUCUCCCGGAAUGUCUCAGGAACUGAGAACAAUGACUACAAAUAGCUCUGACCCCUUUCUUAACAGUGGAACAUAUCACUCCAGAGAUGAAAGCACAGACAGUGGACUUAGCAUGAGCAGUUACAGUGUGCCCAGAACCCCCGAUGACUUUCUGAACAGUGUUGAUGAGAUGGAUACAGGUGACAGUAUCAGCCAAAGUAACAUACCGUCCCAUCAGAACCGUUUCCCAGACUACCUUGAAGCCAUUCCAGGGACGAAUGUGGACCUUGGGACACUGGAAGGAGAUGGGAUGAACAUAGAAGGAGAGGAACUGAUGCCAAGUCUGCAAGAGGCUUUGAGCUCCGACAUCCUUAAUGACAUGGAAUCUGUCUUGGCAGCCACCAAGCUAGAUAAAGAGAGUUUUCUUACUUGGUUAUAGAGGCCUCAGGGAGACUGAAUUCUAAAUCUGUGAAGGAUCUAAGGAGAAUAGGACAUCUGUAACUGAAGUUCAGAACAAGCCAAUGUGGCAAACUUUGGCUUGUGUUCAGAGAAAGUAAAUGAACAAACACCCAACAAGAUUAUUUCAUUUUGCUCUUCCUUGUCCAUCGCUGCUGUUAAAUAUUGCUGACUUCUCUCCACAGUUGACUCUGAAGAACAGACACCUUCUUGAUCUUUCUCUCUUGCUGUUGCAACUACUGUUCAAGGGGGGUGGGAAGGGAUGAUGGGCCCAUUUGGAUGACGAGCCUGUUUGGAUGACGAAUGCCAUUCCUUUUGUCCUAGUGCGCGCUUGCAUAUCAGCUCAUCUAAGUCCUCGGAUUUGCAAGUUCAUUUCUGCAUGUCAGUGCUUGUAGUUUGCUCAGCUUGUUGUCUCCUGCUGCCUGUGGCAAGUGGUAAAACGUGACAUACAGGGGUGACAAGCCAAAAAUGAUGUAUCUGGUCAAAAGAAGUCAAUACUGAUUUGGAGAUUCGACUUAAAGGAGGGCAGAAGACUGUUUGACAUUAAGUGUUUCCACUAAUAGCUCUUUCAUUAGUCACGAAGUGCUCUUGUUCAUAUUUUAUGUUAUAGUAAGUCAUGAGUCAUUUUACAUAGAAACAUAUAUGAACUUUGAUUGUUGCCACAUAUUCUAGCCUAACAUUUGUCAGAAAUAGUUUGAUUAUUUUUGUUAGUUGUUUUAACUGUAGCUGUAGGGCGGGAAGUAAUUAUAGGUGUUCUUUUUUUAAUAGUGAAAUCUAAGGGUUUUUUUUUCCUGAUUUCACACAGUCUUAUUUAAAUCUGAAUUGUCUGCUUUUUUAUACCCAAAACAUGCUUAUUGUAGCCUAAUAAGCUAGUGAGUACAUAAUACAGUGUGUUUUGCCUGUAACUUUUUUUAAAGGCUAGCUUUGAAUGUAAUCAUUAGAAUUCAUGACCAGUGGCUUAUUUUUCAUGUUUAUUUGCAAAAAUUUUGAAUUAGAAUCUGAUCUGCAGUGUAAAAGUUGGGAUUCUAAGUAUGGUAUGUACAGUUUUUAAAUGCAUUUAGAAGUAGCAGGAAUGGUUUUUAAAUGACAGAUGSACCUAUAAUCUGUCUCUGGUUUUCAGUUUCGAUAUCUAAGUGAAUUUAGCUUUUAAAAUCCAUAAUGGAAGAAAAACUUGCGGAAAGCUUCUCUUAAGUUAGCAUGGAAAAAUAGUUUCAUCUACUGAUUUCACUCAAUGUUGCAAUGAAAAUGCUGGCACACCAAAAGACAAAAAGUCCUCAUUGAAACUCUUAGAUAAAAUAGUUUGAUAUCAAAUUCUGCUUGGUGAAAAAUAAGCCCUGGGCACUAUAUGUAGAAGACUGUAAAGAUACGUGGUAGAUGGUGACAUGAGCAGGUAAUGACGUGUAUAUUAGUAGUAGAGCUUAGCAUGGGGUAGAGGUGAGUAUGAGUUACCUAUAUUUUAACAGGAAAAGAUGUGUCACUAAGUUUACUUCAACAGGAAAAGCUGUGUCACUGAGUUGUCUGCAGGAGCUGACACCGUUUCCAAAGAGUAUUUUUAAAUGAACAAAGUGAGUAUGAAUCAAACUUUCAGUAUAAGCUAUGAGGUUUUGUGAUUUGUCUGUCUGUUUGUUGUUGUUUUUCCGACGGAUAAUGGUGAGUCACCAGUUAGCACCUCUGGAAUCAAGGGCCUGUCGCCUUCCCGAGCGGAGCCCUCGUUGUCACGGGUGGUAACAAGGCUGCAGAGCCGCUGCGUGAGCCUGGAACUCGGCUUUGGGAAAUCUCAGCUGACAGRGACUUCCUGGGGGCAGCGUGGGUUUUUAAGGACUUGUUUAUCUUUCAAGUUAGGAAUAAAUCAGUAAUACAAAAAAUAACCCAUAUAAUAACCUGGAUUCUUAUAUAUAUGCUUCAGGGACAGAUAUGUUUUAGAACAAUUUAAGGUGUGAAAACUCUGAGAUGAGAGUUUCUUUUAUUACAAGCCGAAGWGGCAGAGAUUUGAAAUCUGCCCCACUAAAUACAAUUUUACUACUUCACCUAAGUAGUACCUUAGUAUUUGAAAUAAGCAAAAUUAUGGCUUGUAGUGGAAUACAGGCAGGUUUUUAAACACUGAUUUUCAAAACACAUCCACAGUGACAUAUGUUCUGCUACACCUUCAGUGAUUAAUAGGCCACUUAUAUUGUGCAAUGACACGGUAGCUCUUAAAGCAGUGUAUUGUGUCCAAGAUAAGGAUUUUAGUAGCAUUUUUACAGUUCCAUUAUGAAUUCUGUCUUCUUCCCUUCAGGAAAAAAAAUGACACUAAGCUGUUAAAUAUAACUUGAAUUGCCUGACAUAAAACAACAGCAAGGACGUUCAGAAUUCCUUCCAUUUCAGUCGUCUGCCCCCCUUGCAUCAGGGCAGAGUAGCACGGAGUGCUCUGUGCGCAGACCCCUGCCUUGCUGUGCCAAGGUGCAACAUGGAUGAGUACGGAACAAAUUCUGUUUCCUUGCUUUCGUGUGUUUGACAGCUUUAAUAUUUGAAUGUUUUCCUCUCAUUGUAGAAACACUAAAUGGCUUAUACUGUAUUUGGGUAGCACUGCUUAGGGUAGAUGCUGACAAACUGGGAAUCCUUGAACUGCUCUAACACUAACUCAUUUUUGUGAUACUUAUUUUAAUGGAUUUUUUAAAUACAUUUCCGUUCUUUUGUUUGUUAGGAAACAUACCAUAGAGAUGCUGUAUUGUUGGCAAUCAACAUUAAUUUGGAUUUCUUUUUUUUUAUUCUGCAAGUGCAUUGUUUGAUGAAGUGGUUAAAAUUGUUUGAAAUGCAAAAGUGUUUGGGGUAGUAUUUUAUACUGA